AUGUCGUACAACAACAAACAAUUUUCUGGUCAUGAUGAUCGAAUGUUUCGCAAAUAUGAUGGUUGGGAUGAAGGAGCACCAACUGACCAGCAUAGUAAGAGAAAGAAAGAGUAUCAUCCUCGUCCAUACCACUCCGGUUAUGGUCAUCAACAGUAUGGCCAUUCUAGAUAUUCUCAUCAUGGCAACAACUUGGACGCAUCAUCUUCAACAUCAUCGGUUAUAAGUAGAGAUGAUACCGCAUCGGAACAUUCUGAUCAUUCACUGAAUAGAACUGAAACACCACAGCAACAACAAUAUUAUCCUGGCUAUGGCAAGCCUAGCGGUCAUCAUUUUCCACCUUCUUCGUACUAUUCACAACCUCAUCACAGAAAUUAUAACAUGAUAAACUAUAAUACUCAAGAUGAUCAAGAGUUGAGAGCAAGAACAAUUUACAUUUCAAUGCUACCAAGCAGUGCUACAGAACAAGAUAUUAAAGAUUUAUUGAAUCAAAAUAAUUUAACAAACUACAGCGAAGUGAGUAUGAAAAAUCAACCAAAAGGAGUUGCGUACGUCAUUUUUAAUGAUAUUACUUCUGUGACACCUUCUUUAGCUCUUACUGGAAGUUACGUGAAAGGAUUUCCAAUUGUUGUGAAACAAGCUGAGGAAAAAAAGAGAAAAAGAGAACAAUUGGAAACCAUUGAUACAAGCGAACAUCAAGAUUUUCAACAAGGUCAUUGUAAAGUAUAUUUUGACGGAGCUAAAAGAGCUGUUCUUAAAAUGAACGGUUUUACUUUUUCUCCUAAAUAUAUAUUGAGGGUUGGAUUUUAUAACGAGCCAGAGACAGAAUCAAAGAAACAACAAACACAAGAACAAGAGGAUGCUGAAGAAGGUACUAAAGAGACCACUCAUCAUGAAAGACCCACAGCAACUAACACAUUCGCUGAAAGAUUUAUCACGUUACGCUCUGCAGAGGUAAAGGGAACUGCUUCACAAAAUCUCUCCUUCUCAUACAUGUUUGAUCCAGCAACUGAUCAAGUUAAAGUUGUAGAGGAUACUAUCAGAAAGGCAUGCAAGAGUUUUGGAAAUAUUGUUCAUAUCUUUGUGGAUGGCCAAGAUCCAGCUGGAACGGUCUUUCUUCGUUUUGAUAACAUUAUUGGCUCACAAAAUGCAGCUCAAAGAUUGCCUGCUCUUCGAACCUCAUGGACUUCAAGUACCAAACUUCCUCUUCCAAGCGUCCAUUACUUGAGUGACUCUCAAUACAUGACCAUGUUCAACCUUUGA